AUGGCUGAAGAAAACGCCAUCCCGCUGGUCGCUUCUCCUUGGAAACUCAAGGGGAGUGUCUACGCCUUCGCGUACUGGACAAAGGUCGACGCCUCCGGCAAUCUGCCCGAUGUCGCCUACUCCCCUCUCGAGCAUGCUUCAUCCUUCGCGUCGCCUGAAGCCGGUCGCCCCAUCGGCGGCCUCAGUAUGAUCCAGAUCAUCCGCUACGCCGAGUCGCCCGCUGGACCGUACGACGAGCUUCUCAUAAGCCCCGGAUCCUUCGAGUACACAGUCGAAGAUAAGAAUGGAAAGCGCGUCAAGAAGAGGCACCUGCGUAUCACGCGAGCCUACGUAUCACAGAAGAUUACAAGUUGGAACGGAAGGACGAGUGAGUACAUGACCACUCUCAAAUGGGUUGCUGCGCGCAGGCGCUUCUCCGCGUAUAACAUUUUACUGACGCGCGCUAUAGACUGGAAUGUUCCCAAGCAUCUCGCCAAAUUUGACUGGGUUACGGGCGUUGAUGGACAAAUGUCCGUAAAGGUGUUCCCUCACGAUACGACUGACGAUCCAAAAGAGUCAAGUCCAUCGCCUACCCCGUUCUUUCAGGCAUCCUUCAAACCCACCGCUUACCUACCAUCAUUCCCGCUGUCUUUCAAGGUCCUGAACUCCAUUGGGAUUAUCAACACUACUCUCGUGCACCCUCCUCUUCCCGCUGGUAGUGGCAGCCAAGGAGAAUUGCCCGGAACGGAUAGGUGGUGUGCAGUAUCGCCAAAUCUGUGGUCCCGUAAGACCAGCCUCGGUUGGUUCGAUAUACGGCAGGGCGAUGCGCAGGACAGUCUCGGUCCAAAGAACGACAACUUCUGGCCUGGGCUUGGAAGGUGGCAAUUAGGCUACGUGAUGAAUGAUUGUGAAGUAGACUUUCCCGAUGGUGAACACUGGGACUCCCCAAAGUCUAUAAAUUGA